CUGACUCGAAUGUCAAAUUUUGCAAAAAUAUUGUUGUUUACAAAAUAGAUCCACGUUAUUUAGCUAUUUCUAUUUUAGAAUAAGUGCUAAGAGUUUUUAAUUGUGAAGUGUAAAGGAAAUCAUUCGACGUGGAGCCUAAUAUAAGCGUGGAGAUGUGCACGCCGGAGGCGAGCCGCGGCGUGGCGCGCUCCCCGUCCCACGAGUCCGUCACCACAGACCUGUCGCUGUUCAGCGUCUCCUCUGCUGCCUCGGACGCCAGGGUGCUCCGCCUGCUGGCAUGCAAGGCAGGACAGGGCCCUGACCCCUCGCUGCGUGUGGCCAGCCCCAACCCUGACAGCAAAACCCUCAAGCCGUCCCCCUCAGUCCCCGGCGCGUGUUCCGACACUAUGGACUCGUGCCGUGAUGUCCUAGCAGGGUGCGCAGCGCUUUGCGAGCAACUGGGACUAAGACGUUCGUUUAGCGCAGCUGAUGUCAACACUCCUUCUCAGGUGCCCCUUCGGAGUGCCACGUCGGAGGUGGGUCUGUGUGCGGCGCUGGAGGCCCUCACGCUGAGCGCCGCCUCACGGUCCUGUAGCACCUGGGUCGCAGUAGGUGGAUCCCAGCUGCCGUCGCCCCAGCGGUCUCAACCCUCGCAGCCCCCCCCACGACCACUCCCCACCGACAACAAGAAGGUGAGACAGAACUACAUAAAACGUCGCCUGCUCACCACCUAUAGAGCACUGGAGAGGAUGUCACAGUCCGAAUUUAACCUGGAUAAACUUGAGGCGGCGGCCGCGUCGGCGGUGUCUGCGGCGGCGCCCGGCCCAACCACCCUGCUGGUGCCGCAGGCGAAGCGACACCACACCAAGUUUGUGCACCCAGAAGCGGCUCACCUGGCACUCACAGCAGCCGACCUAGAAAGGGAACGUGGCCGACCACUGUCCAAAUACGAACGCAACAUGAUGAUAUUCAACUGGCUCCACACACUAGACGAGGCAGCCCCCUUCUAGACGCUUCUGGAACAUUCUAGAACAUUCUAGAAGGUUCUAAGCCCAUUCUAGAGUGUUCUAUAAACGAUCAAUGUCCAAAUACGAACGCAACAUGAUGAUAUUCAACUGGCUCCACACACUAGACGAGGCAGCCCCCUUCUAGACGCUUCUGGAACAUUCUAGAACAUUCUAAGACCAUUCUAAGACCUUUCUAGAGUGUUCUAUAAACGAUCAAUGUCCAAAUACGAACACAAUAUGAUGAUAUUCAACUGGCUCCACACACUAGACGAGGCAGCCCCCUUCUAGACGCUUCUGGAACAUUCUCGAAGGUUCUAAGACCUUUCUAGAGUGUUCUAUAAACGAUCAAUGUCCAAAUACAAACGCAACAUGAUGAUAUUCAACUGGCUCCACACACUUGACGAGGCAGCCCCCUUCUAGACGCUUCUGGAACAUUCUAGAACAUUCUAGAACGCCCUAAGACCAUUCUAGAGUGUUCUACAAUGUUCAAAUACGAACGCAAUAUGAUGAUAUUCAACUGGCUCCACACGCUAGACGAGGCAGCCCCCUUCUAGACGCUUCUGGAACAUUCUAGAACAUUCUAGAAGGUUCUAAGACCUUUCUAGAGUGUUCUAUAAACGAUCAAUGUCCAAAUACGAACACAAUAUGAUGAUAUUCAACUGGCUCCACACACUAGACGAGGCAGCCCCCUUCUAGACGCUUCUGGAACAUUCUAGAACAUUCUAGAAGGUUCUAAGACCUUUCUAGAGUGUUCUAUAAACGACCACUGUCCAAAUACAAACGCAACAUGAUGAUAUUCAACUGGCUCUACACACUAGAUGAGGCAGCCCCCUUCUAGACGCUUCUGGAACAUUCUAGAACAUUCUAGAAGGUACUAAGACCAUUCUAGAGUGUUUUAUAAACGAUCAAUGUCCAAAUACGAACGCAACAUGAUGAUAUUCAACUGGCUCCACACACUAGACGAGGCAGCCCCCUUCUAGACGCUUCUGGAACAUUCUAGAACAUUCUAGAAGGUUCUAAGACCAUUCUACAGUGUUCUAUAAACGAUCAAUGUCCAAAUACGAACGAAACAUGAUGAUAUUCAACUGGCUCCACACACUAGACGAGGCAGCCCCCUUCUAGACGCUUCUGGAACAUUCUAGAACAUUCUAGAACGCUCUAAGAUCAUUCUAGAGUGAUUCACCUCACAACCCACACGAUAGAAGAAGAUUGAAGAAAAACACAUCAAAAAUUGAUUUUCAAAGGGGCGCUCACGUAGUUUUCAAUAUAAAGCGAGGUUAUGGUUAUAGAAUCUUUGACCAAUAAAAAAAGGCUAAAAAUGGUAUUGUCAGCGUUAAAAAAUGUUAUAGUUUAUAAAAAAAUAAAACAUACUCACUUCCUACUAUUUUAGCCUACCCCUUUUGGUCUGAGUAACUUUAAAUAAUAGUGAAAAAAGAACUUAUUAAGAAAAAAAAAGAUUAUAGAUUAUGGAAUGUCAAAAUAAAUGUUAUAUGAAGUUCUAGAUAGGCAUAUUAUUGUCAUAACUUAUUCUAUGCCCGGCAUAACUUAAUAUGACGGCAUAUAAAUAUGUAUACAGUCAUCAAAAAUAUUAUAUAAAAUGAGAUUAAAGUAUUAUGCAACAUUCUACAGCGGAAUAUUAUCGCCAUAAAUAAUUCUAGUUCGGCAUAAUUUAAUACGACGGCAUAUAAAUAUUUGAUCAGUCAUGAAAAAUAUUAAAAAAAUGUCAUUAAAGUAAUAUGCGACGUUAUAAAAAGUAUAUUAUAUUAACUUACUCUAAGGUGGCAUAACUUAAUAUGACGGCAUAUAAUUUUUUAUACCCUCAUAACAAAGAUUAUAAACAGGCAUUAAAGUAUUAUGCGACAUUGUAAAGAGCGUAUUAUCGUCAUAACUUAUUCUAAGGUGGCAUAACUUAAUAUGACGGCAUUUAAAAAUUGUUCAAUAUUUAUUGGUGGAGCCAACUGUGUUAUUGAAACUUCACUUAGCUGCGAACAUUCCAAAAUGUAUUAUUUUUUUUGUAUAUUUAAAUGUAUGGCGAUUUUUUUUCAAGAAUCAUACAUUAAACGAUAAUUAUAAGCA